AUGGUGUUCGGUGCACUUUGCAAAUAUGCGCUUCGCAGGCCUGCGCUGUUGCAGCUAUCUAGGAAACUUAAUCUACUGGAAUACCAAAGCAAAAUCCUUAUGAACGAGUAUGAUCUGGCGGUCCAGGACUUCCGCAUAGCUGCCUCGGUUGAAGACUCCGAGAACAUUGUUGCUGCGUUUAAGCCCCCUCUGUACGUUAUCAAAGCCCAAGUCCAAGCUGGUGGUCGUAAACUUGGCCAUUUUGCCGACGGAUUUCAGGGUGGUAUUCAUAUGACUGAGGACCCGAGUGAAGUUCCGUUGAUUGUUUCGAAAAUGAUUGGAAAUCGAUUAAUUACAAAUCAAACUUCGGCUGAUGGAGUCGCAGUUAAUGAAGUUAUGAUUGCUGAAGCCGUGAAUCUAAAGAGAGAACGAUAUCUGGCCAUUCUACUCGAUCGUGAGUCCACAUGUCCAGUUGUAGUAGUGAGCUCCGAGGGAGGCGUCAACAUUGAAGAACUGGCCCGCAAAAGUCCAUCCUCUAUUCACAGGGAGAAAAUAAAUAUUGAUGAGGGCGUCACAAAAGAAAAGGCCAACAAAAUCGCCACUGCCCUCGGAUUUCAGCAAGGGACCCCUCAGUCCGAAUCCUGUGCCGAACAAAUUAUCCGGCUGUACAAACUCUUCACUGAUCUUGACUGUCUUCAGGUCGAGGUGAACCCUCUGGGUGAGACUGUAGAAGGCAAGGUGAUUAGCCUGGAUGCCAAGUUUGUCUUCGAUAGCAAUGCCAUCUACCGUCAGCCCCGAGUAGCGGCCCUCGCUGCUGAGUCUCGAAGAAUGGAGGUGGAGGCCGCCGGCCCCAAUUCCAUCCCUGCUCUCGAGUUUGCAGCCGAAAACCACGGACUCACCUACAUUGGCUUGCCCAGCGGUAACAUCGGCUGUAUGGUCAAUGGGGCGGGUCUUGCGAUGGCCACUCUCGAUCUUUUGAGUCUCUUUAGUGGCCGGCCAGCUAACUUCCUUGACCUUGGUGGUCGGGCCAAUCAGUCUGACGUGGCUUUUGCCAUCAAAACCCUCACAGCUGAUAAGCGCAUUCGCUGCAUCCUCAUCAACAUCUUCGGUGGAAUCGUCAACUGCAAAAUGGUCGCUCAGGGCAUUGUUGAGGCCUGUAAGGCGGAGGCGCCCAAGGUGCCUAUUGUUGUUCGUCUGGAGGGCACCAAUGCUGUAGAAGGGCGUGGUGUCCUCGAGGCCUAUGGUCACAACAUCAAGGUGGCUACCGGCAUGGAGGAAGCAGCAAAACUGGCCUGCGUGGCCGUGAAGUGA